AAUUCCCAAACAGCUGUCAGCAAAACUUGUUUGUUGACGUUUUCCUCGAUUACCUCAGUCUACUAAUUUUCAAUUCUACAACAAAAAACAAAAACAAAACAACGUAAAAGUCAAGUAACUUUGGUUCAUCAAUUGGUUUGUGCAGCAAUUUAAUAGCCAGGCGGAAGAUAUUACUUUAAUUUUCGCAGUGGUUCUACUUCUCACACACAAAAUUAUUUCAUAGUAAAAAUUUUAAGUGAACUCUAAAAGUUUAUGAUAAAUUGCAGACUAUUGAGUGGAGAAAAGAUUACAAAAUAUUGCGAGAAGAAAAAUAUGUACAACUGUUUGGUUGAACUUUGAUCAACCGACGGAGUGUGACGUGAGCAUUAACUAUGUAUGUAUCAACAUGAAAAGCAAAUAUAAAUAAGAAAUGUAAAUAUUCCGUGACUAAGUAACUUCGCUUGCUGCGAAAACCAGUGCCAGCUUGUGUUCUGCAGGGGGGCGUUUCCAAACGCUUUUCCAGCUUUUCAGUUGCCAUAUACAUACAUUUUCUGCGGUCACCACCAUUGCACCGUCCGCUUUGGAAUUAAGCGAAGUGACAAAAAUAAAAGAACGCAAUAAAAACACGGAGUUGUUGGUGAUACUUAGGAGAGAGGUGAUAGAAGCAGAGCGGAUAAGCAGCUCCCUUCACACGGUCAAGGUAUACAUAAAAAUAUGGAGUGUAAUGAGCCGUCAGCUGGGGUCACAUUGGGCGCUGAAAUGAUUGUUAGCGACAGUGGAAAAACGCAAGCUGACAAGCUUAGUUCAGUCAUAGAUGAGCAGCUACCUAACGGCAAUAAUAUGUUCACAACGCCACCAUCGCCACCGCCCUCGCCCAAAUCGCUGCCCUGCUCGUCAGCCGCCUCAACAAUCUCGUCUGCUGAAUUGCGAACAUCGCAACUUGACGAUCAACCGAUGGCGGAGUCGUUAACUGCUGAGCCUGAGGAUGCUGCAGCGCCCGCUUUGCAGCCUUUAUACGCACAAUUGCUUGAGCAGUGCAUUGAACAUGCCAACCACUUCAGAGAAGAUCCUUCGGAGAAGGGACAGCGUCUGUAUGGCGCGUUUGUCGCCUGGCAGGAUUUUAUACGUUUGGCGAACAAGCUGGUGCUACAGAUAGCCGCUUUCGCUCACAAAUACGACUUUGACGAGCAUACGCCGGGUAAUGGUUAUCGCAGCUUUAUAGCUGUAACGAAUGCAUCUAUCACAUAUGGACAGAAUAUAUGCAAGAAUCUCCAUGCAACGCGUGCCACAAUGUUUUUUCGUAAGAAAUACUACAUGAAGGAGGUGGAGUCAUGCUCGCAGCUGCUCUCAUCGUUGUGCACCUGCCUGCAUUAUUUACUUAUCAUGCACGAUUGGUCAUGCGAUUCGGGUGACUUGUUCGCCAAUGGACAUCAUUCGGCUGAGGAAUUAUUCGAACUGGGCGAUACGAUCAAUCAGUAUGCCUUUUAUGGUCGUUGCCUUGGGUUUCAAUAUGAUAAUUCUAUACGCGGUGUGUUGCGUUUCAUUUCAAUUGGUAUGGCGAGCUUCUCCGAAGUGUUCUACGCUCAAAGCGAGGGUAAAAUAACCAAGACGACACGUGGCCUCUGGACAGGCAGCAAGUAUUUUUUGAAUCCAGAGCAAUGCGCGCGCCGCAUUGUGAAUAUUUCACAGAAUGCUAAAAUCGACUUUUGUAAAGCCUUUUGGUUUCUUGCCGAAUCGGAGAUGAUGCAUACCAUACCGACCAUUGUCGGCAGUUCGGUGAAAGUGAAUCGUGUGAUUGAAAUACCGCCAGAGCGCUUGCAGUUACCGCGUGUUACAAAGUCACAAAAGCUACACACUGCGACCGAUGUAAAUCAAAAUGACAAUGCCGAACUGAUCGAUAUACCUUUACCAACUGCACACAUCGGGCCCGGCAACUCAAUACGCGUGCGCUUGUUGAGUUAUACGCGUCGGGAGGGCAUGAUCGGUGAGGGAAUAUUUGCACGUAGUUGGCGUCGCCUACCAGCACGCAGCCGUAGCGUACUGUUCCAUUGUCAUGGUGGCGGUUUUGUGGCGCAGUCAUCGAAAUCACACGAGCUCUAUCUACGCGAUUGGGCUGCGGCCCUCGACGUGCCGAUUAUCUCUGUGGAUUACAGUCUCGCACCCGAGGCGCCCUUUCCACGCGCACUCGAGGAGGUAUUUUACGCUUACUGCUGGAUGUUGCGCAAUGCCGAGCAUUUAGGCACGACCGCUGAGCGCAUUGUGCUUGCCGGCGAUUCGGCGGGUGCAAAUCUUUGCAUUGGUGUGGCGCUAAAGUGCAUUGAACAGGGUGUACGUAUACCGGACGGCCUCUUUUUGGCCUAUUGCCCGACCUUAAUUAGUUUCGUGCCGAGUCCGGCGCGUCUUUUGUGCCUCAUGGAUCCGUUGUUGCCUUUCGGUUUUAUGAUGCGUUGCUUGCGCGCUUAUGCCUCACCCGAACGUCAGCAGAUGGAGGCGAAUGCAAAACAUGUGUCCGAAAUGUCUGAUAUACGCAACGCAACACCGUCACAAGAACGGCAUUUCACUUUACAAAUGGAAAAGGCGUACAGUGCGGCGUCCAGCAGGCGUACAUCGGCAGCGAAGAGCCCGAUAUCAUCGGUUGCGGAGAAUUCGAAGUGGGAGCAAAUGUUAAAAGAUGGCACUGCAUUGGACAUGAAUGCCAUGGAGGCAGAUGGUGAGACGGAAGAGAGCAGUGAUACUUUUGCGAGCGCAUCCUAUCACAGCCAGACAGUUGAACGUACCGAUUUGCCAUCCGCCGAAGAGGACAACAGUCUUUGUGUUUCCUUCGAAGACGACUCUCAGCCAAUCGUGCACUACCCCAUACAAUUAACCGCCGAAGCGCAAAAAGACUCGGACUCAGAACAGUACAUUGAUCGCUUUUUGGACCAAUAUCUCAUCGACACAAAUACACAAGAGGCCACGGAGCAAAAAGUCAAUGGCUGUAAGGUGACAAACGGCACAACAUAUACGAAUUGUAUCGCGUCAACAAUAGCGCGCACAGCAUCCGAAGAGAAUAUCAUCAUUGAUACCGGCAAAGAAGUGAUCGCCUUCGAAACCAUACAUGGGCGUUUCAAUAACGCCUUCAAUGCGCUUACAACGACCUUCGAUCGUUACACCAAAUCGAGUGAGAUACGCGGCGAUUCGACGCAUAGCGAGCGCAUAAAAGAUUUGCGCAACAUGGAUGCGUUGAUAGCGCGUAGCCCCAGCUUAGAGUUUGCCUUUCAAGUGCCAAAAGAUCCAUUCCUAUCGCCCUAUUGGGCAAGCGAUGAGUGGCUUAAGCAGCUGCCAAACACAAAGAUUUUGACGCUAGAUAUGGAUCCCUGUCUCGAUGAUUGCGUCAUGUUUGCGCGUAAACUUAAGAAAUUGGGUCGCCCAGUGACAUUGGAGAUAUUGAAGGGCCUACCACACGGCUUUCUGAACUUUACAAUGUAUUCGAGCGAGGCGCGUGACGGUUCCAAGCAUUGCAUUGCAAGCCUUAAAGAACUGCUGUCAAUUCCUGCGGAUAUUCCAUUGAAUGGCCAUGCCACAGGAAGUAAAUAAUUAAUGUUGUAACAGUUUCAUAAUAUUUUUACAAUAUACACACUGAAAUACUUUAUAAAUUA